AAUUAUUGUGUCUAGUAUAGACAGACACGAUAAAUCGACCACCUAUUGUUCUAGCAUCAACUCUGGUACUCCACCUGAACGAGAAGCACAAGGGGACUCAACAGGAGAGCGUCUCCUGUCAACACAUCGCAGUGAAGACACCACGAUGGGUCGUGCGUGGCUGUGGUUGGAGUCCAAUAAAGAGUCUCCCAUCGAGUCUGUGAAGAGCAGUGGCUGCCUGUCUCUCAGCAGCUCCUGGGACUCCAGCCUGGAGCUGGAGGUGGGGAGCUGGAGGAUGACUGAAGAGGCUGCUGUGGAGGAAGAAGAGGAAAGUCAAGAAGAAGAGGAUUGCAGGCUGGAGUCCAGGGAACCUCUGGUAUGGGAGGAUGGCAGUGAAGAGCUCCAGGAAGAGGCAGGGCAGUGUGAACAAGACAGUCUUCUGCAGUUCCUCUUGGAGGUGAUCCACCUCAUGGAACCCCUCUGCAUUAGUGGCACAGACUCAGAACAGAAUCACUGGGCUUCCUGUGGCUCUGGGCAGCAAGAGGAAAGGGAAGUCCUGAGCUUCAAGGAAGAAAUGGUGGGACCACUAGUCCCAAGAGAGGAGGAAAAGCAGUUGCAGCUCCUGAUAGAAGAGGCUGGGGAACUGCACGUCCCAGGAAGAGAGGUGGGAGAGGAGUGGGUAACACGGGUCUCAGGAGAGCUGCAUGUCCUGGGCUGGGAGGCUGGAGAACCUGAGGAACAGCAGAUUCUAGGAGAGGAGACAGGAGAGCCCCAGGUCCCAGAAGGGAAGGAAGGGGAUUCAAGACAGCAGAGGGAGCUGCAGUUUCCAGUGGAGAAUGCAGGAGAACUGGAGGAGGAAGAGAAGAACAGGAAGCUGCUUCUGGAUGAGACUUCCUCAGACAUGAGUGCAUUGGAGGGGGAGCUCCCAGGCACUGUGAAGGCUGAUGUUCUGGAGCAGCCUAAAGAACAAGCUCAGGGUGAGAGCCACUUGUUGGAGGAAUACAACGAUCUCUUCCCACAUUAUGACAGCGAUAGCUGCAGUCCUUCUAGAGCGUCCCUGGUGGACUCCAGUCUCAUGAGCCCAACCUCCUCACAGGUGCCUCUCAGCUGCGCUAACCCGCUGCGACAUUUGCUUUUCAAAAAGACGCUGCUGUCCAUCUGGAAGAUGAUAGCCAGCCACAGGUACUGUGGCCCGUUCCUGAAGCCAGUGUCAGAGAAGCAGGCUCCUGGGUACAAGGAUGUGGUGAGAAGACCCAUGGAUUUAACCAACAUAAAGAGGCGCCUCUCCAAGGGCCAGAUCUGGACCACAGCCCAAUUCCAGCGCGACCUCAUGCUGAUGUUCCAGAAUGCAGUGAUGUAUAACAGCUCUGACCAUCACGUGCACCGCAUGGCUGUGGAGAUGCAGCGAGACGUCCUGGAGCAGCUUCAGCUGCUGGGUGAGGCCCUCCUGUGCUCAGAGGAAAGGCUGGGCUUUAGGAGGCAGUAGGGAGACGGUCAGAUGAGCGGCCUGUUUUGGGGAGUAAUACCCUCCCCCAGCUGUUCCAAACCCUGUUCCCCUGCCCUGUACUAGCAACAAUUUCUCACAGUCCAUGGGAAUGGCAGCUAUUGCGCCUUGAUGCCAGGAAGCUGGAUUAAAAAAACUAAAUGCAAUUUCUAGAUUCCUGGGGCCUCCUCUGCCCUGGAAAGGACAUCCCCUUCCUUGGCUUGGGGUGGGGCCAGGCACACACUCCCUGAGCUGGAUGCCUCCUUCCUUGGCUGGGGUGGUGGUGAUGUUCCCAAGGUUUGGGGACCUUUCCCAGGCCAGUAAAGAAAGAUGCUGUCCCCAAAGGUGUAUAGCCCUUGGUCCCUUUAAGAGUUCCUGUGACGGAGUCUGUACCUCUGUCCCUAAUUCAUUGUUUAGCACAGUGGAGAAUGGGAGGGUGUAUUGAAGAUGAUGUCAAUCUGCAUAGGUGAAAGGACAAUACUGAAAUUGGCUGAGGCAGAGCUGUGCAGACUGUUUGUGAAAUGCAGGCUCUGCAUAAGGUCAUUUAAGCCUUUGAAAGGUGGCUGUUAUGGCUUUUUGUUUCUACAGUGUAAUCCCUGUAAUGAAGACAUGAGGGGAAACAGCUACAAGGCCUUUAAAAAUCUGUUUAAUCUGAGGUCACACACACUAAUGUGCCUUAAUCAUAAUCAUAUGGCUAUUGCAUGAUGUCACCACAGGGCAGAGUUAAGGUUGUUUAAUGGUGCAUUUCCAUCCCUUAACACAUUUGGAUUUAAGUGUACUCUAAACUUGAAUUUCCUGGAUUUGUAAUGUUUGGUUUGGGGAUUGUUACAACAGCUCUGUAAAUGUUCUUACCCUUCCAUCACUGAUAUGUAUGCUUGUUUUUAACUGCAUUUUUGGCUUGGAAUCUAGGUCAUUUUGUAAACACAGGGCAAAGCCACCCUUUUCUCUACUUUUAAUAAAUCUUGUGUGUGAAGUUGUGGUAAUCUCACACAGUUGUCCCCAGAAAGAACUCCUUAACUACUACAGGGGAAAGUUUCUGGAACCCACAUGCCCCUCAGUCUCAGCCCAGAGGUCCUAUCCCAGCCAGCUACUGCCAUAGAAUCAUAGAAUAUCAGGGUCAGAAGGGACCUCAGGAGGUCAUCUGGUCCAACCCCCUGCUCAAAGCAGGACCAAUCCCCAGACAGAUUUUUGCCCUCAAGGACUGAGCUCACAACUCCAGGUUGAGCAGGCCCAUGCUCAAAACAGCGAGCUAGCCCUCCCUUGCCUUAAAGUAAAGUGGAAUAGUUUCAACAGGCAAACUCGAGAGAGCUCCCUCUUCAAAAAAUAAUUCAGCACUCAUGGGCCAGCCACACUACUAGGAACACACGGUGAGAUUUGACCCUGCUUCGCAAACACCCCAGGCCAACACCCAAGCUGGCAAGGCACUCUUGAAAUGCCCAAGGAAGGGAGAGGGGCUUUGCAGUGCCUCAGGGCUCGUUCCCUGCCUUGUUCUGUCCUCCCUGCAGGUGCGGAGGAGCCAGAGAGGCUGGGCUGGGCUGACAAGCUGGAGUCCAAACUUGAUGCCUGAAUUCUGGUGAAAAGCCUCGCUGGUGCCCAGAAGUUAGGGAAUGUGGCCCUGUUCUA